CGAGAGAGGCAUUCAUAAACCAACCAAGACUGCCGGUCGGCCAUAGCUAGCCCAGGUUCGUGGAAGGCGCAGAGCAGCAGUACGUUGAUGGAGAUCACAAAGGUGGACCUCCGUGGGCUGGAGCCAGGCGGACGAGGAUGGGACGAAGCCCGGGACGCGGUGACCGCGUCCGUGGUGGCCUACGGCUUCGUCCUAGUCCAGCACGCCGGGCUGGACAGGGACAAGCGGCUGGCGCUGUUCGACCGCGUCAUGCCGGAGCUGUUCGCGCUGCCGGCGGAGGCCAAGCGGCUUAACGUGUGCGACGAUGUGAUCUAUGGAGGGUACAUCGGGCAGAUUCCCGGGCUGGCUUACGAGACCAUGCGCAUCCAGGACGUCGCCGAUGCUGGCACCAUCAGGGACUUCGCCAAGCUCUUCUGGACGCAGGGCAACCCCGCCUUCUGUGAAAUAGCUGCCGAAUUUGCCAAGAAUACUAUCAAGCUGGACCAGACAGUAACGGAGAUGGUCUUGGAGGGCCUUGGCGUCCGGGACAGGCACGCCAUAGACUCGCACCGUGAGCAGCUUCGCUACUCCUUCCGGAUGUCCUACUACAGCACUUCACCGGAGGACGACGCGGCGAGAGUGUCCCUCACGCCGCACCGCGACUACGUCAUGACGAACGUGAUCCAGCAGCACGAAGUCGAAGGGCUGGAGGUGCAGCUAAGCGACGGCAGCUGGUUCGCCGUGCCUCCCGAGCUGGACACCUACAUCUUCGUCGCCGGCGAACUAUUUAAUGUGGUGACCAACGGACGGGUGAAGGCCUGCCUCCACCGCGUAAGGACGCCGAGCAACCGCGAGCGCUACUCCGCGCUGCUCGGCACCAUGCCUGCCAAGGGGAGCACGGUGCGAGCGAUAGACGAGCUCGUCGACGAAGAUCAUCCUCUGGUGUACAAUCCCUGCGACCCAUACGAGUAUUGCAGCUACCGGUACUCGGAGGAAGGGCUCAGAUUCAGAGACGCGCUCAAGGCUUUCUGCGGGGUGGUUAAAGAUGAACCUCUCAGCGCAUGAUCGCUGAUCGGAUGGUUAAUUGCCUGCUAACCCCAAAAACAUGUAAGCAUGGUCGGCACGGACCCCGCUAGUGUUUGCCAGGUUUUUAUACUAGCUUUCCAGAUAUGAACUUUGCAAUUGUGUUUCGAGGAACUUUUGACUAUUCAUAGUGAUCUUUUACAUUAUUUUUGUAAUCUUUCUUGAAAUAGGACAUGAUACUUCUAAAGAUUCAGGCACCGGAAAGUAAGAUUUCAGUUGAAUGAA